GUACUGGGUCAGGUGGCGGAGGACAUAGCGAGGCAGGCAGGCAGGCGGUCUGGAGGGAGGGGAGUGCGGCGCGGGGUGAACCGGGAUGUCGGUGAACAUGGAGGAUCUGCGGCACCAGGUUAUGAUUAACCAGUUCGUACUAGCGGCCGGUUGUGCGGCGGACCAGGCAAAGCAGCUACUACAGGCGGCGCACUGGCAGUUCGAGACUGCUCUUAGCGCCUUUUUCCAGGAGUCCAAUGUCCCAAGCGCCCAGCAUCACACACACAUGAUGUGUACCCCAAGCAACACACCAGCCACUCCGCCCAAUUUCCCAGACGCUUUAGCCAUGUUUUCUAAACUGCGCACCUCAGAGAGUCUGCAGAACAGCAGCAGCCCUGCCGCCUCCAACGCCUGCUCCCCACCAGGCAACUUCAAUCCCUAUUGGGCCUCCUCACCACCCAACCAGCAACCUGUCUGGCUUCCUCCAGCCUCUCCCACCACACACCUCCAUCACCACCACCACCACCCUCAACCUGUGUGGCCUCCCAACUCCCAACCCACUGGGGGUCCUCAAAAAGCCAUGGCUGCUAUGGACGGGCAGAGAUAAGACUGGGCACAGAAACAACAUGGAGGGCCAAAAGGAGGGAAUUAGCUUGUGCUUUGAUCCCUCCUUUUUGUGCCACUCCCCCUGCAGUUUUCUGAACUGACUUCAUUUUUUCUUUUUUUUCCCCACAGUCUUUUUGUUUUAUUUUAUAAACAAGAGGUUGUUUGAUUUUUUUUUUCUUUUCUCCAAGGCCGGAGAAAAAAGGGGAAGGGGCAAGAGAUUUGAUUGUUCUCUUCCUUGGCUUUUUUUUAAUAUAUAAGUAUAAUAUAUAAAGAUAAGAAUUUAUGUAAGGUGCCGGAGAUGGGAGGGUAAACCCUGUUUUUGUUUUGUUUUUUUCUUCCUAAGCUUUUGCAGGCUUAGAGGAUGUAAUACGUUCAGUAUCUUAAAGGAGUUCCAGAAGGGAGUUAGUCAAACCUUUAAGAGGUGGGGUAUGUCUCUCACUUGGCUUAUCCCUCCUGCCUUCUCACAUGCCCUACCUCCUUCCUCUAAUAGAGGAGCGAUUUGAUUAUAUUCCAGUCUUGCAGAUCAGAAUUAUAAUUUAGAGACUUAUUGGGCACCCAGAUAUUUGCUACACCAUUCCACCAUGUUGACCUACAGAAAGAAAGACUGACAUUGGCUUCAAAAAGAAAUUAUUUCAAGUGAGGAAUCCUGUAAGCUUAUUGGGCGUUCAAAUAUGGAUUCUCUCGAGCAUGAAAAUGGAAUCCAACGCAGUAAGAAUAAAUGAAGGCUUGGGACUGUUACUAAGGAUGCACUCUCCAAUGUCCAUUUGGACCUCCAACUACUUGGAGCUGUGAUCGGACACCAAGGACAGACAUAAUGCAAAUCCUUCAUAUUGUGUCGAGGUUGUGCCCCCAAGACCAUGCUGCGGAUGGAGGCCGGGGACACAGAGGCCUUUUUCUUGGUGUUGAAGGGGCUAUGCUUUUCAGAUGUAACCAUAACAUAGGCUACCUCUCUUCGGUAGCAUCUGAUAAGUGUUAGUAAAGCGGCACAACCUUGGGCAGUCACUCCUUCUGCCUUCAACACCAGUGUUUCUGAGUUUCACAGCAAUAAAAUUGCCAUUUGUUCAUUUCACCAAUCAGUGGGCUUUUUAUAUGCCAAGCUUUGUUUGGGUUUGUAUUUCAUUGGACCGAGUCUCUAAUCACGCUGCCCACAUCUGACCCUACCAGUCUGUUGUGCAAGAACUGUACAAUGUACAAAAUCAUUCAAAAUGACAGCCGAUGGGGGAAUUUGCUUGACCUGUUUUCUUUACCUGCUGUAAAACGCGCAAACUUGUUUGACCCCUGUAUUAAACUCACAAACAUUUCAUUUGU